UACUAUGUUCCUAGCAACGGAUUCAGUGAGAUAGCUUUUAGCCACAUUUUUAGGAUAUAUUUGUUUAUCUUCUGUCAAAUUAACACCAUUAAAAGUAGCGGAAGUAUUUAUAAGCAGUUCCUGUUUGCGGUGCGCUCGUGGACGUACAGACAACGAUCGUUGUAAGACGGUUCGGUGAUACUGAAGGAAACUUAACGUGACGAUCCUCAGGCAAGUUCUGAAACGUCUUUUUUCUUUGAUUUCCGAGCGGAUUUUUGGACGUUUGUUCGUGACGGAGAUCGGAGAUAAUGACAUCCACGGAAAACAGGCUGAAAUAUUGAUCAGCGUAGAUUAAACUGAUGGUGAAGGAUCUUCAUGUGUGUCAGCAUGCUGCCUCUGCAGGGUCAGAGGGUAAGGUGUGUCUACUGGUCUUACUGGGAGCUGUGUUGGCAUUUGGAAAACCUCUGCAGGAGUCCAUGUCAAAUCUGCUGAAGCUGAAGGAGACAGAGAUUGGUUCUGAACCUCUCUUUGAUUCUGUCACCAGGAGCAUCAACACGUCCUGCCAGAAGAAAGAAGACAUCAUGCUGAUAAAUGCCACUCUGGGAGUCUACAUGAGCAUCUUCUCCAGCAUCCUGCAGCACAGCCAUGACCACACCGGGACUUCCACCCUGCUGGGCCAGGUGCCUGUCUCUGACAGGAGCACGGUGAAGUCGUGGGUGAAGAAGCUCCAGGAGAGACGAAUUCUGAGGAGAGACUUAGUCGAGGUGAACAACAACCAGGAGGACAUGCUCCGCGAGCUGACCAAAAUCAAGGUCGAUGACCCCAUUGAUCAGCGAAGGGCUCUGGCUGAGUUCCAAACGGUGUACCGCGCAGCUUCCCUGCUGGGAAGUUCUCACCCUCGUUAACAUCAUCUAAUUAGUUUAGUAGAUUUUUACAUGUUUAUCUCGAUCAGCAAAUGUAGCUUUUCUUUCUCAUGUUUUGUGUUUUUAUUUAUAACUGAGUUAAGCUGUUUUUAUUUAAGAUGUUACUUUAGGUAAUUUCUCAAUCCAGUGUUCCACUUAGCUGAGUUAUAUUUAUUUUUGUGAUAAUUUAAUGUAUUUUAUUUAUGAUUGAGUUAUUUACUUAAUUUAUUUUUCUUGUCGGGUUUAUCUUGUUUGUUUGAAUAAAACCAGAA